AUGCAAAAAAGUUGGCCUAUUUUGAUAGUUCUUCUUGUUGCCCAAUUUGUCGGACUUGGUUUGUUCUCUAAAGGCUUUUUUCCAUACAAGGCAAGUUUGCCUGGUUUUUCUACAAUUGAAGAGCACCCUAAGCUACCUAAUGGUGACAAAGCAGCUCCUUUAGUGCCAAAAUUCGAUAGAUUAGUUUUUAUGCUUGUUGAUGCCUUGAGAAGUGAUUUCGUUUUUGGAGAGAAUUCUGAUAUGAUUUUUGUCAAAAAUCUUAUAGAAAAUCAUCGUGCAAUACCCUAUACAGCAAUCGCAACAGCUCCAACCGUUACUUUACCACGAAUAAAAGCGCUUACUACUGGAACGGUCCCGAAUUUCUUGGAUGCUAUUCUUAACAUUGCAGAAUCAGAUACAACUUCUUCAUUGUUAUUUCAAGACAAUUGGCUUGUACAGAUCAAAAAGGGUGGUAAUAAAUCCAUCUCGUUUUUUGGUGACGACACGUGGAUUAAGCUAUUUCCAGGUGUUUUCAACACCACCGAUGGAACUACUUCCUUUUUUGCUACAGACACUGUUGAAGUUGAUCUGAAUGUUACUCGAAAUGUAAAGCCUCAGCUUUCUAGGCCGGACUGGGAUGUUCUAAUAUUUCAUUAUCUUGGUUUAGAUCAUGUUGGACAUUCGGGUGGUCCACACAGCCCAUUGAUGAAACCAAAACAAAAAGAGAUGGAUGAUGUAGUUAAAUUAAUUUACGAAACUAUCAUAGACCAAGAUAAUCGAAGAAUCAAAAUGAACAAAAAUGCUAAGCCAACAUUAUUUAUAUUAUGCGGAGAUCAUGGAAUGAAUGAGGCCUUUGUUUUUAUGAGCUCUAAAUUUAACAACGUGAGGCAUGUUCACGACAAAGUGAGUACAAAUCACGAUGCCAUUUCUUUUCGAUAUUAUAAGGUCGUGAAUCAAGUCGAUGUUGUGCCUACACUGUCAUAUUUGUUCGGUGUUCCAAUACCAAAAAACAAUUUAGGCAAAGUAAUGCUUGAUUUACUUGUAGAUACUAAUGAAUUUGAAAAAUUACGAGCAAUGCAAUUAAAUGCCUAUCAAUUGUCUGGUAUAUUACAAAAUACGUGGAUAUCUUUUGAUCGUGACCCCAACAUAACUUUACAAAGUGGGAAAAAUUGUGAUCAAGAUGCUGAUGAUGUUAAGACAAGAUUACAAUGUUUAUAUUGGUUAUCAUAUUACUAUCAUGCAAUGGCACUUAAUUCUAUUGAUGCGAAUUAUAUUAGUAAUGCAUCAUUUUUUUAUGACAAGUCAAGCUCGUAUAUUUCUUCUAGCUUUAGUGAUUAUGAUAUCGAAUCAAUGUAUUGGGGAUUAUUAUUUAUGGGCGUUGCUGCGGUGUGCUUCAUUAUCGUAGUAUUGAGAAGACAAAAUACUCGAAGACGAAAACAAUUCAGAAAUUGGGAGAAAUACAAUAGACUUCAAUUUCUUUCUUGUUUGGGUAUAUUUGGUUUAUGCAUUACUAUGUUUUCCAGCAGUUAUAUAGAAGAAGAACACCAGUUUUGGUAUUUUUGGAUACAAACGAUGUGGUUUGGAUUUAUUAUUUAUAGUUUUAAAUCAAGCAAGUACGUGCACGACCAGAGACUUGCAUUAUUAUCAGCCGGUCAGAUGAUACUUGUUCGUAUUGUUCGUACUUGGAAUCAAACAGGUCAGAAAUAUGCUGGUGAAAUUGAUCUACGGUUUUACUUUAAUUCAUCACAUGUAUACUAUAUGUGGAUAUUAUUUUUUUGUUCAAUGUUGAUAUUAACCACAAUGACAAUACGGGAAAUUCUAGUUACUAGAUUAAUUCAAGGAAAAAAUUUUCUUCAAAUAGUUUUGCAACUAAUUGCGGCCUUGAUUAUAAUAUUUAUAGCUUUUUCAAUAACCAAAUACAAAUUAGAAAUUGAUGGUGGAUCAAUAAUGUUCCCUGAUAUUUUUUCAUGGAUAAUAAUGAUUGUUCCAAUAACCUUGCCAGCUAUAUUGGCACGAGUGAUAUACGCUACAAUCGGAACAUCACUAAUUUUGAAUUUUUUAUUAACCAUAUUACAGAAUAAGCUUCGUAAUACUCAAGGCGUAACAAAAUAUAGUCCGUUAUGGGUUGGAAUGUUGACGUUUUUAGCUAAUUGGGCGGGUCCUAUUUGGUGGGUGUUUGCCGGGAAUUUGUUGAGAUUUGAAAUUGUUGAAAGGAGAGUUUUUAUAAACCAAUCCAAAAAUCAGAAUGGUGAUGAUGACGAAGGAAAUGGCAAGAAUACGAUUAAUAAUCCUAAUUCAGAAACUUCUCAAAUUAACAACACCAGAUCCAAUAUAUCAUCGGCAAUAUCAACAUCCACAAUCGCUACCAAACAGGAACUUAAACGACUUCAAUACCAUACAUCACUAUUUCAAGUAACGACAUUUCAUUCAUUAGUAUUAUUUAUAAUAUCGAUUGCUGUUACGAUAUUGAGAAGUCAUUUAUUUAUAUGGACAGUGUUUUCUCCAAAGUAUUUAUAUCAAAUUGUGUGGUAUACUCUGUUUUUAGUAGGAGUAGAGAUUAUAGUAGGUGGAAUUAUGUGGAUUGUGGGGUUGAAUGUUUUGACGAAAGAAUAA